AUGAUGUGGGGUAACUGGACAGUUGUCAGUGAGUUUGUUCUUGUGAGCUUUUCAACUUUGUCCUCUGAGAUUCAAGCUCUGCUGUUUUUCCUGUUUUUGACUAUUUACUUGGUUACUCUAAUGGGAAAUGUUCUCAUCAUCCUGGUCACUACAGCUGACUCUGCUCUACAAAAUCCUAUGUACUUCUUCCUCAGGAACUUGUCCUUCUUGGAGAUAGGCUUCAACUUAGUCAUUGUGCCCAAGAUGCUGGAUACUCUGAUCAUCCAAGACACAACCAUCUCCUUCCUUGGCUGUGCCACUCAGAUGUAUUUCUUCUUCUUCUUUGGGGCUGCUGAGUGUUGUCUCCUGGCCACAAUGGCAUAUGACCGCUAUGUGGCCAUCUGUGACCCUUUGCGUUACCCAAUCAUUAUGAACCGCAGAGCCUGUGCCCAGCUAGCAGCUGCCUCUUGGUUCUCAGGAUUUCCAGUGGCCACUGUGCAAACCACAUGGAUUUUUAGCUUUCCUUUUUGUGGCCCCAACAGAGUGAACCACUUUUUCUGUGACAGCCCCCCUGUCAUUGCACUGGUCUGUGCUGAUACCUCUCUGUUUGAACUGGAGGCUCUGACAGCCACUGUCCUAUUUAUCCUCUUCCCAUUCUUGCUGAUCCUGGGGUCCUAUGUCCGCAUCCUCUCCACUAUCUUCAGGAUGCCCUCAGCUGAGGGGAAACGUAAGGCCUUCUCUACCUGUUCCUCCCACCUCCUGGUUGUCUCUCUCUUCUACAGCACCGCCAUCCUCACAUACUUCCGACCCCGAUCGAGUACCUCUCCUGAGAGCAAGAAACUGCUAUCCCUCUCCUACACCGUGGUGACUCCCAUGUUGAACCCCAUCAUCUACAGCUUAAGGAAUAGUGAAGUGAAGGCUGCAUUGAGGCGAGUCCUCCACAGGACUCUGGGCCCUCAGAAAAUCUGA